AGUGCACAUGUAUUCUUAUCUAUAACAUCUCCUCUAUUGUACACACUAUCGAACACCACAUAAAGUUGUAUAGCUUGUACACUAUGGGUAUCACUGGGCUGUUCAACCUAGUCCGCCCUGUGUUUGAGAAGACGUCGCUAUCUCAACUUGUAGGCGUUUUAGGGAUAUAUGCUAGUUAUUUAGCGCACAAUUUUGCAAGUACGCAUGCGAUAGAGAUCGUGAUGGAGAACAAUUUCCAACCCUUUCUCCUUGACGUUUACGCUUCGAUUCAGAGGCCACAAUCGUACGGUUUAGGUACAUUUAGAGUGUUUAUGGUAUUUGACGGCUAUCGAGAUAGAGAGAAGAAGGUCAACGAGGAACGAGCCGCAAAACGAAAAUCUGCAAUGGAGGUCAUCGAUGUACACAUCAAGACGUUCCACAGGCUAAGCGGAAAGCAACUGGCUUUGACAAACUUAAAGCUUGUAAGGAAGCUGUUUCAUUCUUCAAUCUGGACAUGGCUGAGAUGCUGAUGUCACUCUGUCAAGAUGUGGAUAUAGACUUCAUCGUAUCGCCAAUGGAAGCCGAGCAGCAGCUCCUGGCGCUUUAUUAGUUAUUGGAUGUACAACCCUGAUUAUGGAUCAACGUUGGAAGUCUGGCAUCGCAGAUAUCUUCUAUAGAAAGAACUGUAAGCACACUAAUAUUGAAAAGAUAGUAGACCUCAGCGAUAAGCAAGUUUCAUUUCUUCAAGCCGUGCUUAACUUCGGGGUUGACUGUACGGUGUCAAUGGCCGCCAGUCUGCUACAAUCAGACUAUCGUAUCAAAGCGGGUUUCACAGUGAAUUCUUUCUGUGUGUGGUUGGAAUGGCACUACGAUGACCGAAGUACACGAACUUAUGUUUGAAUAGUGCUUAUGAGUUCAAGG